AUGGCUAAUGGCGUAACUACAUAGUGGGAAGACAUCCAUGUGAAGCAUGGGAAUUACGUGGAAAGAGAGAAGGUGACAACACUUGCUGAAACCUACCAAUAAGCAAUUUAGAAGUUGGAUGAAAAGCAAGACAGCGAUGAGGAUUUCUUUGAUGAUGAUGAAUUCACCAAACAAUAUAAAGCUUAAAGACUCUAACAACUGAUGGAGUAGGCUUAGAAGAAGCUUUAUGGCGAGGUAUAUGAGAUAUCAAGAGACGAAUAUGUUAAAUAAGUGACUGAAGCAUCAAAGGAUCGAUUCGUUGUCCUGUCCCUUUAUUAAGAUUACAUCGUGGAAUCUUUGAAACUCAUAGAAGUCUUGUAGGAGUUAGCCAAACAAUAUAAGGAGAUUAAAUUUGUUAAGAUGGUAGCAACCAAAUGCAUCGAAAACUUUCCAGAUGACCAAUGUCCCUGUUUCAUUAUUUAUAAAGACACUAAGGCAGUCUCAAAUAUUCCCUUCAUUCACAAGCUCAGAAAGAUUACAUUUGCCUCCAUUGAGGAUUUGCUGAUCAGUCAAGGUGUUAUUCCCAAACCAGUUGAAGAGGAUGAGUAGUACGAGGAGAUCAAGGAUAAAAUCAAGCAUCCAUACAAGACCAACAAUGUAAAGGAUGUGGAUGAUGAAAUAGAUGACAGAGAAUACUCUCAUUAAGUUCAAUUCUAGAAACCUAAAUGAAUUGCUAUCAAUUUUAUGGAAUUUAAUAAUUAUAUUUUAAUUAUAAAUUUAUAU